AUGUCUCCUUUCUUCUUCCUCUUUCUGGGGCUCCAGCUGACCCUGGCCUUGAGGAAAGCACCACAGUUUGAAGAGGCUUCUUUGCUUCAGGUUAUGGGCCUGGACAAGGUACCCUCACCCCGGAUGGCCCAACCUGUGCCCUCCAUCCUGAUGAAGAUUUUCCAGGAGAGACAGAAGGCUGCAGCUAUAGGACAUUACCAAAAGCUUUGCUAUGUGAAGGAGCUUGGGGUCCCUGGAAACUUGAUCCGUCUUUUCCAAGACCAAGGUGCCCUUUUUCACCCCAAGGAAGUGACCCAAGCUCUUCCGUGCACACAGAAGUUCCUUUUCUUCAAUCUUUCAGUCAUCGCCCAAGAUGAGCAACUAAUGAUGGCCCAGCUGGAUGUGAGAUUGAGGACUAAUGCUUAUAACUCUCCAUAUCAGAAUCUGGAGUUAAUGGUGUCUAUAGUCCAAGGGCCUGCCCUCCAGUCAGACCAAAAGCUCAUAUUUCGGUUUCUACCCUGGUCUCAACGUGUUCUUCAUGUUGACCUGCUGGAUGUGGUUAAGGAAUGGAACUUCAGCCCCCAGAGUAACUUGGGCUUAGUCCUAGAGCUAUUGCCAAGAGGGAACAAAGUGACUAUACAACCCCAGGAUACCUGUGACAACUGGAGGCAGUCCAUUCAAGCCUCUCUGCUGGUGGUGACCUUAACCCCUCAGGAAUGCCCCCACUUCUCUCACUUUGCUAGAAAGAGGAGGGCCAUUUAUUCAACUCGGGAAUCUACCUCCACGCAUCUCUGCCGGCGUCAUCAGAUGGUCGUCAAAUUUGAAGACCUGGGUUGGCACAAAUGGAUCAUUGCUCCCAAGGAGUUUAGAACAAGCUACUGCCAAGGAGAUUGUCCUUUCUCUCUUAUGAAUAUCUUUAACAGCUCCAACUAUGCCUUCUUACAGACUAUCAUGAAUUCUAAGGCCCCUAAAAUCCCCAAAGCUGCCUGUAUCCCUACAAAACUAUCCCCCAUUUCCAUGCUUUACUAUGACAAUGAUGGCAAUAUUGUCCUUCAACACCUUGAGGGAAUGGUAGUUGAUGAAUGUGGUUGUGGGUAG